GCUGUUUUUUUAAAAAAAACAAUGACAUGCUCAUAUGCUCAUCGUUGACAGCACACUAGAUCAACCAUUUGUUGUAGACAUGGACAGCCCUCUAUCUUGCUUCUUAGACUAUUAUUUGGACACCAACGUCGGCUGCUAAAAUCUGUUUCCCGGGGCUUGACUUUCUGUUACCUAAUAAAAAAUUAGCUUACGUGUUUUAAGUUGCGCUCUUCGGAAAGAAAAAAAAACAGAAUUUCUUGAAUAUGCAAUUGGAGGAGAACGUUGACUUUGGUGGUGAAGAUGGCUUGUCUGAAUCGCCUUGGCCUGCCAAGAUACAUACAUGUCAGCUUUCAGAUGCUCUUAUUAGCCAUUGAUCACCAGCAAAGCUAGUUGGACCAAAGGAAGGAUGGCAGAGUCCUUGGACAAGAUGAAGGUGGAGUUCACGGGCCAUGAAGAGAGCGUGCAGGCCCUCGCAGAGGCCUUCCAUGACUCCGGCGAGGUCCCCGAGAGGUACAUCAGGCCGGAGAUCGACGCAGAACCUGUCACCGCCGAUGCCGGGGCCCAUGCUCUGCCGACGAUCGACAUGUUCAGGCUGCUCGACCCCGAGUUCUCGGCAGAGGAGUCCGCUAAGCUCGGAUCCGCCUGCGAGCACUGGGGGUUCUUCCAGCUCGUCAACCAUGGCGUGGACGUGGGGCUGCUGCGGCAGACGAAGGCCGACAUCGCCGACUUCUUCGGCCUUCCCCUGGAGGAGAAAUCGGCCGUGGCGAUACCGCCCAACGGCAUGCAGGGCUUCGGCCACCACUUCGUCUUCUCCAAGGAGCAGAAGCUGGACUGGGUGGACCUGCUGUUCCUCGCCACCAGGCCCGCCCAGGAGCGGAGCCUGGACUUCUGGCCUACCAAGCCCUCCACCUUCAGGGACACACUUGAUAAGUACACGACGGAGCUAGCAAGCGUAGCCGAACAACUGUUCAGGUUCAUGGCCAAGGACCUGGGAGUUGAUCAGGAGGCGCUCCUUGGCACCUUCAAGGGGCUGCGCCAGUGCGUGAGGAUCAACUACUACCCUCCCUGCCGUCAGGCCGGCAAGGUGCUGGGCCUCUCGCCGCACACCGACGGCGUCGGCAUGACGCUGCUCCUCCAUGCCAACGACGUGCAAGGACUGCAGAUCAGGAAGGACCGAGAAUGGUUCUCCGUGCAGGCCCUGCCCGGAGCUCUCGUCGUCAACAUUGGCGACGUCCUUGAGAUCCUCAGCAAUGGCAAGUACAGGAGCAUCGAGCACAGGGCGGUGGUUAACCCCGACAAGGAGAGGAUCACCAUUGCGGCGUUCCACAGCGUGCACCUUCCCUGCACCAUCGGCCCAUUUCAGGAGCUGGGCGACCCUCGCUACAGGGCGGUCGACGGCCUCGACUUCACCAAGGGAUACUUCGCGGCCAAGCUGGAAGGCAGGAGAUACCUGGAGAGUUUGAAGCUAUAGGCAUAUGAUGGUCACUGGUCAGAGUGAUGAGUGUUACGAUUAAUUCCCUUGGUUUGAUACUACUCCUGUUGCUUUCCUAUGCCUCAGAUGUGUUGCUUUCAGCAUGGAUGUUAUGUGCAAUCUUCUCAUAGAAUGAUUUUGUGAACUUUUUCUUUGAAGAACAGAAUGUUUUGUGGACAUUUUUGAAGAACAUAAUAUUUUGUGAACUUAGUCUAUCAGGUCUAAA